GGCCCCCCACUCCCCACGCGCCCAGGAGCCCCGCCCGGCCCGGCCGCUCCGUGCUAUGUUUGACACGGCCCCCCACUCCGCCCGGAGCACCCCCAGCAGCUCCCCUUCCCUUCGGAAGCGGCUGCUGCUGCUGCCCCCAAACCGGUCCCCACCUGCGGAGCAGGACACCGGAGCCAUGGUGGAGAAGGGGUCUGAGAAGGGCUCUGACAGCUCCUCAGAGAAAGGUGGAGGGGCAAGCACUCCUGGAACCCAGUCACUUAGUAGCAGAAACUUCAUCAGAAAUAGCAAGAAAAUGCAGAGCUGGUACAGUAUGUUGAGUCCCACCUACAAACAGCGAAAUGAGGACUUCCGAAAGCUCUUUAGUAAACUUCCUGAGGCUGAGCGGCUCAUUGUGGAUUACUCCUGUGCCCUGCAGAGGGAUAUCCUUCUUCAAGGCCGCCUCUACCUCUCUGAAAAUUGGAUCUGUUUCUACAGCAAUAUCUUCCGUUGGGAAACCACGAUCUCAAUCCAGCUGAAGGAAGUGACAUGCCUGAAGAAGGAGAAAACUGCCAAACUGAUCCCCAACGCCAUCCAGAUCUGCACCGAGAGCGAGAAACAUUUCUUCACCUCCUUUGGGGCCCGAGACCGCUGCUUCCUGCUCAUCUUCCGCCUUUGGCAGAAUGCCCUGCUGGACAAGACUCUGUCCCCUCGGGAGCUGUGGCACCUGGUACAUCAGUGCUAUGGGGCAGAACUCGGCCUCACCAGCGAGGAUGAAGAUUACGUCUGCCCUUUGCAACAGCUGAAUGGUUUGGGGGGCCACAAGGAGGUGGGGGAUGUGAUUGCCUUGAGUGAUAUGACCCUGCCCCGUAGGUCUCCAGACCUCAGCCGAGAGCCCAGCCCUACAGCUUCCCGGAGGACCCAGCUCACUCCCUGCCCCUCCCAGGCAAGCAGCGACGGGGACAAUGUGGGUGAGGAGGAUAAAGAAAGGCAGACCGACAGUCAACCAGAUGCCUCCUCCAGUCAAACAGUAACCCCAGUGACUGAGCCCCCUCCAGCCGAGAUGCCCCCUGAUGGUCCAGCCCCUCUGGCCCCCUUGGAUCUGCUGCCCAGUGAAGAGAUGUUGACAGACACAAGUAACUCCUCCUCCUCAGCCACGGAGGAAGCUGACCUGACCUCCUUCCUACCGGACCUCUCUGGCCGCCUCCUCAUCAACUGCGUGUUCCACAUGGGGGCUGACCGCCUGCAGCAGAUGCUGUUCUCUGAUUCCCCCUUCCUGCAGGGCUUCCUCCAGCAGCGAAAGUUCACUGAUGUGACAUUUACCCCAUGGAGUGGGGAGAGCAAGUGUCACCAAAGCCGAGUUCUGUCUUAUACCAUCCCCAUCAGCAACCCCCUGGGCCCCAAGAGUGCAGCAGUGGUGGAGACUCAGACCCUGUUCCGACGGAGUCCUCAGGGUGGGGGCUGUGUGGUGGAUUCAGAGGUCCUCACUCAGGGCAUUCCAUACCAAGACUAUUUCUACACCGCUCAUCGAUACUGCAUCCUGAGCCUGGCCAGAAACAAGACCCGCCUCCGUGUGUCCUCAGAGAUCCGUUAUCGGAAGCAGCCCUGGAGUCUGGUGAAGUCCCUCAUCGAGAAGAACUCCUGGAGUGGUAUCGAAGAUUAUUUUCACCACUUGGAGAGAGAACUCUCCAAAGCAGAGAAAGUGUCCCUGGAAGAGGGUGGGAAGGAGGCCCGGGGGCUGCUGUCAGGCCUGAGACGACGCAAACGGCCUCUGAGCUGGAGGAACCAUGGGGAGACCCCGGCCCAUGCUGAUCCGGACACUUGUACUCGGGGAGGCCUGCACCCUUCAGGCUCAAUCGCUUCUCGACUCUCAGAACCCUCCCUAGACCAGAGCCCUGGAUCAGGCAUUCCUGGAAUUCUCCUUAUUAUCAGCAUUGUGAUCUGUGUAAGCCUUGUCAUCCUGGUUGCUCUAAAUGCUCUCCUCUUCUACCGGCUCUGGUCGCUGGAGCGGACAGCCCACACCUUUGAGGCCUGGCACAGCCUGGCUCUGGGCAAAGACCCCAACUCUCCCCAUAGGAAGUUUCCUCAAACGGCAGCUGAGUGGGCAGAAAUCUUGGCCCUCCAGAAGCAGUUCCACAGUGUGGAGGUGCACAAGUGGCGGCAGAUUCUCCGGGCCUCGGUGGAGCUGCUGGAUGAGAUGAAGUUCUCCCUGGAGAAACUCCACCAGGGCAUCGAGAUGUCGGAACCCCCCUUUGACCCUGAGCCCCUUGGAGAGAAUGCGUUCUCCUGAGAACCGCCCCCCUCCCCCUCCACCUGCCCCCUAACGAAUGGACAGAUGGACAGCCUCAGUUGCCACUGCUGGACCAGUGCUGGACCCUUUGGAUGCCUGCUUCCCCCCAACCCCUCCUAAGUCCCUUGCUGUGUCCCCUUUUCCUCACUUCACACCUAUAAUCCCUUUAUCUUUGAUACCCACAAGACACUCUCCUCCCUUUGCAGAACAGUCUUCAACCCUCCCCCACCCCCUGUACCCCCUAUGUCGGGGAGAACGGUCGGACACUUCAGCUGCAGAACUGUGAUGCACUUUAGUACCUGGGGAGGGUACACUGGGGGCAGUAGCGAGGUGGAGAGAACAAUAUUUUUGCCCCCUCAAGCCGUCUCCAGCCUCCAACAACCGUCUCUCUACCCCUCUCCCAGAUGAUACUUGAGAUGAUCCUGGAGCUGGUUGCAAGGGCCUUCUCUACAGCUCCUUUCCUCCUUUUUUCCCUUUGGGUAAUUUAUUUUGGAAAGAGUCAAGCUGCCCCUGGGAGGGGGGACAGACCUAGGGUGGGGAGUCCUAUGGACAGGGGAAGGCUGACUGUCUAGUGUUCCCCCCAGAGAUGGGGUCUAAUGUAUUAUAUUUAUUUGGGGCAAACAGAGCCCCAAUAAAGGGUCGGAAAUGUU